AUUAUUGAUGAUGAUGUUGUUUGUUAAUUGCGAAGGCUUCUUUUUUGAAUAAUGUGGCCUUUGUUUUAAGAAAACUCUUCUCGGUCUUCAACCUCCUUUACCCCUUCCACCAAAUAGGAGGCAAUCAGCAAAAAAAACGAAAUUCAUAAAAGAGGAAGAAAAAUUUGUCACGAAAUAGCAACCCAGGAGCAGAAUGCACUAUAAGAUUGAUGAUUGACCGCUUACAGAUACGUCGCUUAGGUGCAGCUGCUAGAAACAAACGCACAGGAGGCAGCGGAAGCGCCAGCGGCAGCGGCGUUGGUGUCGGCGUUGGUGUUGGUGGCGCCGGUGGUGGUGGCCCUGGUGGCGGCAACGGCAGCGGCAGCUUUCAUUCUCAUACACCGCAUUCCGCUAGUGGCAUCAAUACGCCGGCCACGGCCAGUACCAGCUCCUCCAGUGGCAAUAGCUUGACGCCGCAACAACAGCAACAACAGCAGCAGCAGCAGCAUCAGCAGCAGCAACAGCAACAGCAUCAUCCCCAUUCGCAUCUGCAUACGCAUCCACAUCCACAUCAUAGUCACGGACAACAACACACGGCGCAUCAUCAGCAUCCCCACCAGCAUCAGCAUACCCAUCAUCCACACCAGCGAUCCUCGCAAGCACCGCAAGCCUUUAGCUUUAAUCCAUCGCCAGGAAGUAGCCCUGGUAACGGCUUGGAGGCAACAUCACGCGGCGGCCAGCAUGCGGUCAGUGCGCUUAACAGUCCCAUUGUGAAUUCGGCCAGCAGCACAGGAAUGCAACAGCAGCAGCAGCAGCAGCAGCAGAUCGGAAGUGGAUCAUCGACAGCAGCCACAGCCGCUGUAGGUGGCUCCAAUGGAGCGGGAACGACAAGCGGUGCCUUGCCUGUGGGUGUCGGUGGUGGCGGGCUCAAUCUACUCGGCGGCAUUGGCGGCCUGGGCGGAAUGGGCGGUGGGGCAGCUGCUGCCGCCGGAAUGGGAAUUUGUGGUGGCAUUAGCAGUACGGUGGGCAGUGCGGCAAUUACGGGUGUGCCACCGCUUGGAUUGGGCAUUGCCACGGGCAUUGGCAACAAAAUUAUGCUGGGACGGAAACAAAGUCUCAAAGGCGGUGAACCUUUUCUCGCUGAUUAUGGACCGGAGGAGUCUCUCAACGAGAGUGCCGACAUCGAAUGGGUCAAUAAGCUGUGGGUGCGUCGCCUAAUGCGUAUGUGUGCCCUAAUAUCGUUGACAUCCGUCUCGUUGAAUACCCCAAAAACGUUUGAACGAUAUCCGGCAUUGCAGUACAUUACUUUCGUAUCGGAUACGGCAGUGACGUUACUAUUUACGGCGGAAAUGAUUGCCAAAAUGCACAUACGUGGAGUUCUGCAUGGAGAGGUGCCUUAUUUGAAGGAUCAUUGGUGUCAAUUCGAUGCUUCUAUGGUUAGCUUUCUGUGGGUUUCCAUUAUACUGCAAAUUUUCGAAGUGCUCGAAAUAGUGGCCAAAUUCUCCUACCUGUCGAUUAUGCGGGCACCACGCCCUCUCAUUAUGAUACGAUUCCUGCGCGUCUUUCUUAAGUUCAGCAUGCCAAAAAGUCGCAUCAAUCAAAUUUUCAAACGUUCAAGCCAGCAAAUCUACAAUGUGACCCUGUUCUUCUUGUUCUUUAUGUCACUCUAUGGACUGCUGGGAGUUCAGUUUUUUGGUGAACUCAAGAAUCACUGUGUGAUGAACAAUACGGAAUAUGAUGUUCUGGGAAGACCUGUGCUGACCAUCAAUUCACUGGCCAUACCGGAUACAUUCUGUUCAAUGGACCCCGAUUCGGGCUAUCAAUGCUCACCGGGCAUGCGAUGCAUGAAAAUGGAUUUCUUAAGCAGCUAUGUCAUUGGAUUCAAUGGAUUUGAGGAUAUUGCAACGAGCAUUUUCACAGUUUACCAGGCUGCCUCACAAGAGGGCUGGGUAUUCAUUAUGUAUCGUGCCAUCGAUUCGUUACCAGCAUGGCGUGCGGCAUUCUACUUCAGUACCAUGAUCUUCUUCCUGGCCUGGUUGGUGAAGAACGUUUUCAUUGCCGUGAUCACGGAGACCUUCAACGAGAUACGUGUGCAAUUCCAACAAAUGUGGGGCGCUCGGGGACAUAUACAAAAGACAGCUGCAUCGCAGAUAUUGAGUGGCAAUGAUACGGGAUGGCGUCUGGUCACAAUUGAUGAUAACAAGCAUGGUGGACUGGCACCAGAGACAUGUCACGCCAUACUGAGAUCUCCGUACUUUCGCAUGCUGGUGAUGACGGUGAUAUUGGCCAAUGGAAUUGUGACAGCCACAAUGGCCUUUAAGCACGAUGGACGACCCCGUCAUGUGUUUUAUGAGAGAUAUUAUUAUAUUGAGGUGGUUUUCACUUGCCUCCUGGACUUGGAGACUCUAUUCAAGAUCUAUUGUUUGGGUUGGCGUGGCUACUAUAAGCAUUCGAUACAUAAAUUUGAAUUGCUACUCGCUGCUGGCACUACCUUGCAUAUAGUUCCCAUGUUCUAUCUAUCCGGAUUGACAUAUUUUCAAGUGCUGCGUGUUGUACGCCUGAUAAAGGCUUCACCCAUGUUGGAGGGAUUCGUCUACAAGAUCUUCGGGCCGGGAAAGAAAUUGGGUUCGCUGAUCAUCUUCACAAUGUGCUUGCUGAUUAUUAGUUCGAGCAUUUCAAUGCAGCUAUUUUGCUUUCUAUGUGACUUUACGAAGUUCGAAUCGUUCCCAGAGGCAUUCAUGAGCAUGUUUCAGAUCCUUACCCAGGAGGCCUGGGUGGAGGUUAUGGAUGAGACAAUGAUACGAACGAGUAAAACAUUGACACCGCUGGUGGCCGUUUAUUUUAUCCUAUACCAUUUGUUUGUCACUCUCAUCGUGCUCAGUCUUUUCGUGGCUGUCAUUUUGGAUAAUUUGGAAUUGGAUGAGGAUAUCAAGAAGCUGAAGCAAUUGAAAUUUCGCGAACAGAGUGCCGAGAUCAAGGAGACAUUACCGUUUCGUUUGCGUAUAUUCGAAAAGUUUCCCGAUUCACCGCAAAUGACGAUACUUCAUCGGAUUCCCAAUGAUUUCAUGUUGCCCAAGGUGCGUGAGAGUUUCAUGAAGCAUUUUGUCAUUGAAUUGGAAACGGAGGAUCCAUCUUUAGUGGAGAGUUGCAAACGACCCAUGUCCGAGUGUUGGGAAUCAAAUGUGGUUUUCCGCAAGCAGAAACCGGUGAGAAUUAUGAACAAAACGGCCAAGGUACGUGCAGCAGGCAGUAGUCUACGUAAGCUGGCCAUAACCCAUAUAAUCAAUGAUAGCAACAAUCAGCGUUUAAUGUUGGGCGAUUCGGCAAUGUUGCCCGUGGUGGGUACUAAAGGAGGCGGCGGUCUGAAGUCCCAGGGCACGAUAACACAUUCGAAACCAUGGAGAGUGGAUCAAAAGAAGUUCGGCUCACGUUCAAUUCGUCGCAGCGUUCGCUCCGGUUCGAUUAAGUUGAAGCAGACGUACGAGCAUCUUAUGGAGAAUGGUGAUAUAGCAGCAGCUCCACGUGCCAAUUCGGGUCGGGCUAGGCCACAUGAUUUGGAUAUCAAGCUAUUGCAGGCCAAGCGUCAGCAGGCUGAGAUGCGUCGGAAUCAGCGGGAGGAGGAUUUGCGUGAGAAUCAUCCGUUCUUUGAUACACCAUUGUUCCUGGUGCCACGUGAAAGCCGUUUUCGUAAAAUCUGUCAAAAGAUCGUUCAUGCCCGCUAUGAUGCCAGACUGAAGGAUCCCCUGACUGGCAAGGAGCGUAAAGUGCAAUACAAAAGUUUACACAACUUCUUGGGACUGGUAACUUAUCUGGAUUGGGUUAUGAUCUUUGCCACCACACUAUCCUGCAUAUCCAUGAUGUUCGAGACGCCCACAUACCGUGUGAUGAAUCAUCCGACUUUGCAGAUAGCUGAAUAUGGUUUUGUCAUUUUCAUGAGUUUGGAAUUGGCGUUGAAAAUCCUAGCCGAUGGUCUCUUCUUCACACCGAAAGCAUAUAUCAAGGAUGUGGCAGCUGCUCUGGAUGUGUUCAUCUAUGUGGUGUCGACAUCGUUUCUAUGCUGGAUGCCGUUGAAUAUACCGACCAGUUCGGCUGCCCAGCUCCUGAUGAUAUUGCGUUGUGUGCGACCUUUGCGGAUCUUCACAUUGGUGCCGCACAUGCGAAAAGUUGUUUACGAACUGUGCCGUGGCUUUAAAGAGAUCCUUUUGGUAUCCACGCUGCUUAUCCUGCUCAUGUUCAUCUUUGCCAGCUAUGGAGUUCAACUGUAUGGUGGUCGCUUGGCACGCUGCAAUGAUCCGACAAUUGGUAGGCGCGAGGAUUGCGUUGGUGUGUUCAUGCGUCGUGUCUUUGUGACGAAAAUGAAGUUGACUCCGGGUGUGGAUGAGUCCUAUCCGGCUAUGUUGGUGCCACGUGUUUGGGCCAAUCCCAGGCGAUUUAAUUUCGAUAAUAUCGGUGAUGCCAUGCUAACACUCUUUGAGGUAUUAUCUUUCAAGGGUUGGCUAGAUGUUCGUGAUGUAUUAAUCAAAGCUGUGGGUCCGAUUCAUGCCAUCUAUAUACACAUAUAUAUCUUCUUGGGCUGCAUGAUCGGCUUAACUCUGUUUGUGGGCGUUGUGAUUGCCAAUUACUCGGAGAACAAGGGCACCGCAUUAUUAACUGUCGAUCAGCGACGUUGGUGUGAUCUCAAGAAGCGUCUGAAAAUUGCCCAGCCCCUGCAUUUGCCGCCACGACCCGAUGGACGUAAGAUACGGGCCUUCACCUAUGACAUUACACAGCACAUUAUCUUCAAGCGGGUGAUUGCUGUUGUGGUAUUGAUCAAUAGCAUGCUGCUAUCUAUAACGUGGAUCAAGGGUGAGGUGCACACGGAACGUUUGGUGAUUGUCAGCGCGGUGUUGACCUUUGUGUUUGUGGUUGAGGUGGUGAUGAAGAAUAUAGCCUUUACGCCGCGCGGUUACUGGCAAUCGAGGCGCAAUCGAUACGACCUCCUUGUCACCGUGGCCGGAGUCAUUUGGAUCAUUCUGCAGACCAUACUGAGGAACGAUUUGUCCUACUUCUUUGGCUUCAUGGUGGUCAUCUUGCGUUUCUUCACCAUUACCGGCAAGCACACCACACUCAAGAUGCUAAUGCUGACAGUGGGCGUGUCUGUGUGCAAAUCAUUCUUCAUUAUCUUUGGCAUGUUUCUGCUCGUCUUCUUCUAUGCACUGGCGGGGACCAUACUGUUUGGCACCGUGAAAUAUGGCGAGGGUAUUGGACGACGUGCCAACUUUGGUUCACCUGUCACAGGAGUCGCAAUGCUUUUCCGCAUUGUCACCGGCGAGGAUUGGAAUAAAAUCAUGCACGAUUGUAUGGUCCAGCCACCAUAUUGCACUUUGGGUGGCAACUAUUGGGAAACGGAUUGUGGCAACUUUACAGCGAGUCUCAUUUACUUUUGCACCUUCUAUGUGAUAAUCACAUAUAUAGUGCUAAAUCUUCUAGUGGCUAUUAUCAUGGAGAACUUUUCAUUGUUCUAUUCAAAUGAGGAGGAUGCUCUGCUCUCGUAUGCGGAUAUACGCAACUUUCAGAACACAUGGAACAUUGUGGAUAUCCAUCAACGCGGUGUUAUACCAGUGCGUCGAGUGAAAUUCAUUUUACGCCUUCUUAAGGGUCGUUUGGAAUGUGAUCCGCAAAAGGAUCGUUUAUUAUUCAAGUACAUGUGCUACGAGCUGGACAAGUUGCACAAUGGUGAGGAUGUGACAUUCCAUGAUGUGAUCAACAUGCUGAGCUAUCGUUCAGUUGAUAUACGUAAAGCACUGCAACUGGAAGAGCUUUUGGCACGUGAGGAAUUUGAAUAUUUGGUAGAGGAGGAGGUAGCCAAAAUGACCAUACGCACUUGGCUGGAGGGCUGUCUCAAGAAGAUUCGGGCGCAGAAUGCAAGUAAGCAACAAAACUCUUUAAUUGCUGGAUUGAGGGCAACCAAUGAGCAGCCUGUAAUGCGCCCCAAUGUAUCACAAGAGGACAAGGCGCCAAGUGGUGUCGGUGUUGUCGAUAAAUCGGCCAUAAGUACAAUAAGCGGCGCCGUGGCUGGCACCUGUCCACCCACCAGUGAUGCCUUUUCACCCACCUUCAGUUCGACGGAGAACGAGGAAAAGGAUGGCAGUAGCAGUGCCGCCGUCAUUGUUCUGCCCCAUGCGGCUCAUGCAACGGAUACGGCCAUGGGAUCCCAGGCGGCUGCCGCUGCACGCCACGCCAUUGCGGUGGGCAAACGGGCCUAUGCUUUAAAUCGUUCCGAUUCGACGGGAAGUUCCGCGGGUCGCAAGUUUUUGGCGCCCACUUCCAGUGAUCCCCAGCAGCGUUCGACACUGAGUGAUAAGGAGCGCUUGCAUAUCAGUAGCCAGCAGCGUAAGAAGAAUUCAAUGACCACAUUGCCACACUCCCAAUUGGGCCAAUUGGGUCAGCUGGGGGGAAAACAGCGUGAUGGCAAUAAGACGACCAAUUUCUUUGCCCAACUGAACAGCGAGAUCGCCAGUCAGUUUCAUUAUCCGACAAUAAACGCAGCCACCGCUGCCGCAUUGCAUGGGGAUCAUCAGCAUGUGCACCAUCAUGGGGCUCUGGGCAGUCCAUCGGCCAUGAUGAGCCAAUUGAUUGGCAGCAGUGGGAAACUAUUGCCCUUCAAUAAUCAGGCGAAUGCAGUCUAUGAGGUGCACGAUUGGUGGCAAGAACAGGUCCUAUGCACCCAGACAAGCGAUGAUGAAAUUUAGCCGAAUGUAGCAUCCUCAUGUAUACCUAUAUAUGUACACAUAUAUAUUAUGUAGUUAACUGCUGGUGGCCUAGAUUUUAAAAAUAUACACAUCUGUAAAUGUAAAUUACAUCGACUCAUUCAAUAUUGAGGCCGAUUUGCCUAGAUCACUGCAAUACAAUCGAUUGGGUGGGUGGGUGGUUGGGUGAUUUCCGAUCGAUUGUCUUAGCAUCAUGAAUUUUGUUGUUGUUUAUCAGAUCAGUUAGUAGUAGGUUUGUUAUAGCUUAAAUCUAUAAAUAAAAGUUUAUAUAUAAAUUUAUAAAUAGAUAUACAUAUGUAUGUAAAGUGCAAAUUAAUGUGCCAAACGAAUGGCAUCCAAUACCUGUACCAUUAACUAGAAACAAUUACAAAUUGCCAUAGGUGAGUCAAAAACUAUCGAAUCUAGCCAAAACAUUUGUAUUUCCAUAAUAGCAAAAACCUUUAUAGUCUCAAUUUGAUUCUAGAUAUAGCCAAAAAAAGCAAAAAGCACAAUAUUAUGUUUAAUGUAAUAAUUACCUAAAUUAUUAUAUAAUUAAUUUAAUUGUAAGCCAAACCCAAUUACAUGCAAAACAACAAAAAACACAAGAAAAGUGCACACACAAACACAAACAUAAAGAAAAAAGAACACCAAACCCAAAGUCGUAAUAAAAAAUCGU